UAGGUCCCCACGCGAACCCCGGUCUGUCCAGGACCCUUCUUUUCCAGUGCCAUUUUGGGACUGCGGUGACAGGGGUUUCUACCAUGAUGAGUGUCUUUCAGAGGCUUGAUUGGACAUCAGUCAUCGUCACCGACGACCACAUCCUGGUCGCCACGGCCACCUCCAGCCACCGCAAGACGGCCGCUUGCAGGGCGCCUACCGAUGAUCCUCCCUCUUUGGAUCCCCUCGUUUCCUUGCGUUUCUCAUCCAGCCCUGUUGUCGCCAGUCAAGCUUCGGUCCAGCUCACCAUCUCGGCUGACCAUCCCGGGCUGGAUGUCCCCAGGUGGACGUAUCCGGGGGCUUGCUGGUGGGCUUGCAAUGGCGUCAGAGUGCAUUCUCGGCCCCGGUCCAAGACGACUUGUUUUCCUAUCGAAUAUAUGCCACUGCUCUUCGCUGCCGACCUGAUGGUGAGAUUUGGAAAGAUGGGCACCAUUCACCAGUCGCUCCGCCGGUGUUCCCCUUGCCCUCUGAGUGAGUCACUAUAUAUCUACGCAACCUGCACUCCAUUCAUUUGGUCGCUGCAAUUGCUCAAGAUCGUGACCCGCCAUUGCGCGAGUAUCAUAAGUCAAGUUAAACCGGAGCGACUACAUCCAUGCUUGCGGCUGUGCCCAAGCGACAACCUGAACCUCACCCCAACCUCAGCUCACCGCGAAGCCUCAACUGAUCUCACUUGCAACGCCACUUCGAACUCCCCAGCUCGCACUCUCCGGGCCAAAUAAAGCAACCUUGUCUCUUGGCUUUGUUUUGGACCAUCCGUGCCCGAGACUCAACCAGCAUCGUGACUGGUCUCGUUUGGCUAGGCGCUUAGCCAACCGGACCCUCUCUAAGCGC